AUGUGGCUGCAGCUUCACCCGGAGCAGCCUCCCUUAUCCCCAGCGCACCCCUUCCCUCAUGUCUAAGAGAUCCUCUGGCUUGACCCAACUGGUCUCUCAUCACAUCCCUCCAAUCGCAGAAAGUUGGAACCUGCAAACUGCGUUUUGUAGAGUGGAUUAAGCAUCCUAGCGGAACUUUGAAGGACUCCAGAAUGUGCCCACGGAAAUGGCUCCAGACAGCAAUUGAGCCAUUCCUUUGACGAUACACAUGCCCUGUCUACUCGGUGUCGUGUGCAGAGGCUGUGGGGAUAACAUCACACCAAGUGCAGUUCCUGCUCUCUUGAGGCUCUCUUCUAACAGUGAUGGGCAGACACUGAUGUACAAUUACGAAAGCAGAUUGGUGUCUGGAAACCAUCACAGCCAAGAUGAAUCCCAAAGAAGAAAAAGUAAAAAUAAUUUCAGAGGAGUUCACUGGAGAGGAUGUGGAUGCAGAGGUGGGAAGACAGAAGAAGAAUUCAAAGGUCCAAAGACAACAGAGAAAGAAAAAGCCACCCGCCACUCCCCCUGAGGAAAUGGUGUCAAACAAAUUCCAAGAUGGUGGCCAGCCGGAGAUGGUGGAAGAAGAGCCUGAGACCAACCUCCUGAGCUUGACAGCCCGGCGGGGACCGCGGAGCUUACCUCCCAUCCCUUCAGCAUCCAGAACAGGCUUUGCAGAAUUUUCCAUGAGGGAACGCAUGAGGGAGAAGCUUCAGGCUGCAAGGUCCAAGGCAGAAAGCGCAUUGCUGCGGGAUGUCCCCACCCCGAGGCCCCAGCGCCUGCGCAGUCCCAGUGAGAGAGAAACAGAGACUGAAUUUGGCACAGAGCCAAAUAAAGAGGUAGGAGGGACUCAACAAGAAGAUGACUCCCAGCGCCAUUCAAGAUUUAAGCUCCGUGGUUCUGCACAUAAAAUCAAGUCAAAACCCCAGCCCCCUCCUGGCUUCCCCUCUGCAGAAGAGGCCUAUAAUUUCUUCACUUUCAACUUUGAUCCUGAACCAGAGGAAUUAGAGGGAAAAACACAAGUAAAAGAUGGAGGCAGAGCCCAUCAAGAGGACCAAGAAGGAGAAGAAGAAGCAUGCGCACAAGAGAGAGCAAAGAAAACGGAAGAGGAAGAGCUGCUUAAUGGUAAAGAUGCCGAGGACUUCCUGUUGGGCUUAGAUCCCACAGCCCAUGACUUUGUGUCAGUCAGAGCUGCAGAGUACGAAAGUGCCCACAUUCGGCUGCAGAAGGAAAAAGAAAUCCUCUUCGUGCCUAGUCGCCUGACAGUGCCGACCUAUAAAAAGCUUCCUGAGAAUGUGCAGCCCAGAUUCCUAGAAGAUGAAGGUCUCUACAUUGGGGAAAGACCAGAGGUGCCACGUUCCAAUGAGAACAUCAUGGAGAACAGACUGCUGAUUCAGGAGCCAGGGAGGAAGUGGUUUGGAGAUGAUGGCAGGAUCCUGGCACUGCCCAGCCCCAUCAAGCCUUUCCCCUCAAGGCCAUCCCUGUCCACACAGGAGCAAAGCACUAAGGCCGAACUGGAGACUUUGUACAAGAAGGCGGUGAAAUAUGUUCACAGCAGACAGCAUAUGAUUGGAUCUGGAGACCCUCCAGGGAAUUUCCAACUGGACAUCGAUAUUUCAGGGUUAAUCUUCUCUCACCAUCCCUGUUUCAGCCGAGAGCACGUUUUGGCAUCCAAGCUGGCCCAGUUGUAUGACCAGUACCUUGCAAGACAGCAAAGAAACAAAACGAAAUUUCUCACAGAUAAGCUCCAAGCACUAAGAAAAGCGGUUCAGACCGGACUUAACCCAGAGAAAGCUCAUCAGUCUCUUGACACAACCCAGAAAACCAUCAAUGAAUAUAAAUCUGAAAUUCGGCACACUCGAAAACUGCGUGAUGCAGAACAAGAGAAAGAUAGAACACUGCUGAAGACCAUCAUAAAGGUUUGGAAAGAGAUGAAGUCACUACGAGAGUUCCAGAGGUUUACAAACACACCCCUGAAGCUUGUCUUGAGAAAGGAAAAAGUUGACCAGAAAGUGGAUGAAGAUGCAUAUGAAGCAGAGAUUCAAGCUGAGAUCCAUGAAUUGCUGGAAGAGCACACGGAAGAAUACACAAGGAAGAUGGAAGAGUACAGAACAUCGCAUCAGCAGUGGAAGGCCUGGAGGAAGGCCCAGAGAGCCAAAAAGAAGAAAAAGAAGGGGACAGCAGAAGAGCACCCCGAGGAGGAGGAGGAGGUGGUCGAGGAGCCCUUUCCAGAGGAGGAGCUCACGAAACCCGUCCCCCCAGAGCUCACUGACCCAGCUGUCAUAGAACAGCAGGUGCGGGAGCGAGUAGCCCACAGCAGGAGGAAGCCAGGGGAGCCCAUGCUGGUCCCAGAGUUGAGUCUGGCAGGGAAUGUGACCCCCAAUGAGCAGUGUCCCAGGGCAGAGGUCUCAAGAAGGGAAGACGUCAGGAGGCGCUCUGUGUACUUAAAGGUACUCUUCAACAGCAAGGAGGUGUCCAGGACUGUCAGCCGGCCACUAGCGGCAGAUUUCCGAGUUCACUUUGGACAGAUUUUCAAUUUGCAAAUAUUCAACUGGCCAGAGAGCUUAAUGCUUCAGGUCUAUGAAACUAUUGGUCACAGCAGUACCACCUUGCUGGCUGAAGUCUUCCUGCCUAUCCCCGAGACUACCCUUGUCACGGGAAGGGCCCCCAUUGAAGAGGUGGAGUUCAGCAGUAGCCAGCACGUGACUCUAGACCACGAGGGAGUUGGAAGCGGAGUGCCCUUCUCCUUUGAAGCUGAUGGCAGCAAUCAACUGACUCUUAUGACCUCAGGGAAAGUGUCCCACAGUGUGGCGUGGGCUAUUGGAGAAAAUGGGAUUCCUUUAAUUCCUCCACUGUCCCAGCAGAACAUCGGAUUUCGAAGUGCUUUGAAGAGGGCAGAUGCCAUCUCAUCCAUUGGCACAUCAGGGCUGACGGACAUGAAGAAGUUGGCCAAGUGGGCGGCGGAGUCCAAGCUUGACCCCAAUGACCCCAACAAUGGCCCUUUGAUGCAGCUAAUCUCGGUUGCUACCAGUGGAGAAUCCUAUGUCCCCGACUUCUUCCGACUGGAGCAGCUGCAGCAGGCAUUCAACUUCGUCUCGGAAGAAGAAUUAAAUAGAUCCAAACGGUUCCGGCUUCUCUGUCUUAGAAGCCAAGAGGUGCCAGAAUUCCGGAAUUAUAAACAAAUUCCAGCAUAUGACCGAGAAAUUAUGGAAAAGGUAUUCCAGGACUACGAGAAACGAUUACGAGACAGAAAUGUAAUUGAAACCAAGGACCACCUGGACACCCACAGGGCCACAGUGGCCAAGUACCUUCAGCAAGUUAGAGAAUCAGUGGUAAAUCGCUUCCUAACUGCAAAACACCAUUUCCUUCUUACUGAUUUGGUAGUAGAAGAAGAAGUCCCCAAUAUCAGCAUCUUGGGCCUAAGCCUUUUCAAGCUGGCAGAACAAAAGAGGCCACUGAGGCCACGGAGAAAAGGCCGGAAGAAAGUGACAGCCCAAAACCUGUCUGAUGGCGACAUAAAGCUGCUGGUGAACAUUAUCCGGGCUUAUGACAUUCCUGUGAGGAAGCCCGUAGUGAGCAAGUUUCAGCAGCCUUCGAGGUCUUCGAGGACUUUCAGUGAAAAGCAGACUGCUUCCCCCAGCGCACACAGUCCAGUGCACAGCACAGAUUACCCCCUCGGCCAGGAACUGGUAGCUCGAUACGUGUCCUUGAUCCCUUUCUUGCCGGAUACUGUUUCGUUUGCUGGUAUCUGUGACCUAUGGAGCACAUCAGAUCAAUUUCUUGAUCUCCUGGCAGGAGAUGAAGAAGAGCAUGCAGUAUUGCUAUGCAAUUACUUUCUGUCCCUGGGUAAGAAAGCAUGGCUGGUGAUGGGCAGUGCUAUUCCUGAGGGUCCAACUGCCUAUGUGCUAACUUUGGAGAAAAAUUAUUAUUUAAUAUGGAAUCCCUGCAGUGGGCAUUGUUAUGGACAAUUUGAUACAUUCUGCCCCUUGAAAAGUGUUGGCUGUUUAAUUGGUCCUGAUAAUAUUUGGUUUAAUAUUCAACACCAUGAUUCACCACUAAGGAUAAAUUUUGAUGUUGCGAAGCCCAAACUUUGGAAAUCUUUUUUUUCACGAAGCCUUCCAUAUCCUGGCCUUUCCAGUGUUCAGCCUGAAGAGCUAAUUUACCAACGCACAGACAAAGCAGCUGCUGCUGAGCUACAAGACAGGAUUGAAAAGAUACUAAAAGAAAAGAUCAUGGACUGGAGGCCACGCCAUCUGACUCGAUGGAACAGGCACUGUACGUCUACCUUGCGGCACUUCUUGCCUCUGCUGGAAAGAAGUCAAGGAGAAGAUAUAGAAGACGACCACAGGGCAGAACUGCUGAAGCAGUUGGGAGACUACAGGUUCUCUGGAUUUCCCCUUCACAUGCCUUAUUCCGAAGUGAAGCCUCUCAUUGAAGCAGUGUACAGCACUGGAGUACAUAACAUUGAUGUCCCUAAUGUUGAAUUUGCUCUAGCUGUAUAUAUCCACCCUUACCCCAAAAACGUUUUGUCUGUUUGGAUCUAUGUCGCUUCCCUUGUACGUAACAGGUAAUUUUUCUAUGUGUUUUUUAUAUCACCUAAAGACUAUUAGUAUAUACAUUUUAAAUUAUAAUGAAAUCAAAAGAAAAUAUUUUGAA